GACAUGGCUAGUUUUAAAAUUGCUGCAUUGCAGAAAGCUUUGGAUGAAAGUGUACCUAUAUCAGCCCUGGAACGAGCUAAUAAGCAGCACAAUGAACUCACAGCUAAGUAUAGGGAUCUGCUGCAGAAAGACAACCUAUUGGUCCAGAAAACCACUGAUCUAGAGCAUUUGGAGGGUGAAAAUACAGUGCUACGCGAGCAAAUCAGAGCCUUAAACAAGGAACUGGAAAUUACAAAGGAAAAGCAGCACACAUUGGAGCAAGCCUUAGAAGAAAUAGAGAAGCUAGGACCAACUGCCAUGGAUAAAGAAACAAAAGCAAUUACCAACAGUGAAAUUGUUUCCAUCUCCAAGAAGAUUACCAUGCUGGAAAUGAAGGAACUAAAUGAACGGCAAAGGGCAGAACAUGCUCAGACGAUGUACGAACAUGUGCGUGACACGCUAAAGCAAGUUGAAGAACGAAACUCUGAGCUUGAAUCCAAAUUCUCUGAAGUAACCAAAAUAAAUCUGGAGGCCCAGAGAGUGGAACAAAACCUAAGAGAUGAGUUGGCCAACAGUGUAAGCCAAGCAGUGAGUAAUGCAGACAGGAGCCGCAUCACUGAACUGGAGAAAUCAGAAUCUGAGUUAAAAGUUGAGGUGUCCAAGUUAAGAGAUGUUGCAGAUGUAGCAAAAAUGCAAGUUGCAGCCUUGGAAGCCCGCCAGCAGUCCAGGGAGAAAGAGGUGCAGGCACUUAGGAAGCAAGUACUUGAUUACCAGGCACAGUCAGAUGAGAGAGCUCUCAUUGCAACAUUGCACCAACACAUUAUCGCGUUGCAGGUGAGUGAAGCCACUGCUGUUAGCAAGCUGCAGGCAUUUGCAAGCAAGCUGCAAAAAAUGGAGGCCUGCAACCUGCGGCUGAUGCAGAAACUGGAUGAGAAGGAUCAGACCCUUUUCCACACCCGACUAGAAGGCAAGAACAAGGCUAAGCACCUGCGGCAAACUAUUCAAUCCUUGCGAAGGCAGUUCAGUGGAGCCCUGCCUCUUGCACAGCAAGAGAAAUUCUCAAAGACUAUGAUGCAGCUACAGGAUGACAAGAUGAAGAUCAUGCAGGAUGUUAAACGUUCCCAAGAGGAGAGGAGAGUGGCAGAAGACAAGGCAUUGGAACUGGAACUGAAGCUGAAAGGGCUAGAGGAAUUGAUAGGAUCACUAAAGGAUGCAAAAGGAGCACAAAAGGUAAUUGAAUGGCACAAAAAAAUUGAAGAGCUCCGUCUCCAAGAUCUCAAAACAAAUCGAUGUAUAAACAAGCAAAAAGAAGAAAUAACUUAUUUAAACAAUGUAAUAACUGAUCUGGAGCACACCAUCAACAAUCUAGAAGAAGAGACGGUUCAACAAAACAAGCUCCAUGAAGAGCGGCAGAUAGCAUGGGAUCGCAGAGAGUUAGAACUACAACAUCAGUUGGAUAUGUAUGAACAUCAACAUAACGAAAUACUGAGUGCAGCUCAAAAGUUUGAGGAAGCGACUGGCUCCAUCCCGGACCCCAAUAAACCACUUCCAGAGCAGCUAAAUGUAGCUCUGCAAAAGAUCAGAGAGCAUGUCUUCAUAAUUCUUGAAACACAAGCAACCUGCAGAACUCUAGAAGAGAAACUUAAAGAGAAGGAGGCAUCUCUGUGGAAGGCAGAACAGAAUGUGCUAUCCCGAGACCAAGUUAUAAAUGAGCUCAGACUUCGACUACCAGCUACGGCUGAGCGUGAAAAGCUGAUGGUGGACCUUAGUACUAAGACAGAUGAUGAUACGGAAAGUAGGAAGGCCCUGAAAGUAGCUCAUCAAACCAUUGCUAACCUGCAGGCUAGGCUAGACCAGAAAGAGGAAGUCCUACAAAAGUACCAGCAGUUACUGACAAGAGCUCACCAGGACCGAGAAGAAAUUGCAAAGAAACACGCGAAGGAUCUUAAAGCCUUGCACCUGAAAUUGGAUUCAUAUGCAGAUGCAUCACUGAAUAAAUUUAAACAAUCUGCAGUGGAGCUGAUGAAGAAACCAUCCCUUCCAGUUCCAACAUCCAAGCAUUUGGCACGCCUGGCAGAGUUGGAACAAACCGUGGCAGAGCAGGACAGCUCACUGUCAGCACUUGUGGACAAACUGAAGAGAGCAACCAUGGAACUAGAGAAACAGAAAGAUAUUAAUCAGCUGAAAGUGAAAGAGCACAACGCAGAGAAAGUAAAUCUGGAAGAGAAGCAUGCAACUGAGGUAAAGAAGCUAUGCAAUGAACUAGAUGACCUGAGGUGCACACAGCUGCAGAUGGAGAAGGAGGUGCAGUACUUGCAAUCUGAGCUAGAGGCUCAGAAACAAGCAAAUACAAGGGCACCUACCACCACCAUGAAGAACUUAGUGGACAGGUUAAAAGGUCAACUGGCUUUGAAAGAGAAGCAGCAAAAGGCUCUGAGUAAAGCACUGUUGGACCUUCGAGCUGAGAUGACAUCCCAUGCGGAACAGCAGAUUAUAAACCAAGCUGCACAAAAGGAGGGACAUCUCAAUGUGCAGCAAAUUGUUGAUAAGCAAACUAAAGAACUGAGGACAAAGACUGAGACUGACAAUAAACAGAGCAUAAUCGAUGAACUGCAGAAAAAGGUUAGAAGAUUGGAAUGUGAACUCAAUCAGAAGGUGGCACCUGAGCAAAUGGAGAGAAAGGUUUUGAAAGAAGAGAGGACUUCAAAAGAGGAAAUAGUGAGGUGGGAAGAAGGCAAAAAGUGGCAGGCCAGAUUGGAAGGAUUGAAACAUAAGCUGAAAGAAAAGGAGAAGGAGCUGGAAACUAUGACCAAGCAGAUCACCACUUUAAAGGAAUUAUAUGCAAAGGCUGAUCAGGAAAAGGCAAUUUUACAGAAGAAACUGAAAGCUCGUGGAAUUACAGCUGACCAGGUAAUAGGUGUCAGAUCCAUGGAAUGCGAUCGAGAGAUUGAAGAUUUAAGGAGAAAGAAUACAGAGUUUCAAGAUCAGAUUGUGAGAAUGAGGCAACAGCAAGCUUUACCACGGGAUUCAGUGGUGGAAGAUUUAACUUUGAAAAAUCAAUAUCUGCAUGAAAAAGUCCAAGCUUUAGAAAAGCAGCUGUCAAAGAAUGUACUUUCCAGACCAUCAACUAUGGAUCCCAAUGCAGACUUUGAAUCUAAAGGAUCUGCAUCCGUGGAUAUUUUUAGUGAAUUCAGGACUGAUGGAAGUGUAAAAAUGAAAACAAAGAAGAAAUAUUUUAAGAAAUCAACAUUGGCCUUUGGAACAAGUACUAAAAUUUGCAAUGAACAAGAAAAUACAUGUUCAAAUGAAACUGGGGAAACUGCUGGCCUGGACAAUGAUAAACAUGAUAGGCAUUCCAGUGAUACUAAGAUGCAGUCAAGAUUGAGACAAGUGGAUGUGUGCGCUGAAAUCCAGACAGAGGAGCCUUUGGCAAAACAGACAGGUUCUAGUGCAGGUAAUAUAAACGGAGAACAGCCCUUGAUCAAAGAAAGGGCAGAAAUAAGCCAGGCAGCUGAAAAGGAAAAACCAGAGCAAGGAUCUGAUAACAACUUGGGAGAUGAUAUCAGACAGUCGGAAGUAAAUGAUCCUCUGUUGGAUUCAGUAAGCGAUGGAGAGACCAUAUAUAGCAAGAGUGAACCAAGUAUUGCGACAGGGGAAGAGGUUGAACAGAUGACGGAGGAAGAUCCUGUAGAAGAUCAGGGAGGAACAGAAUCUGAGAUGCACAGAAUUCCUGAAAAAAAACUCCAGACCCCUGGAGUGGGAGCUGAUGCUUCAGCUCAGAAGGAACAAGAACUUCAGAGAGAGAACCUCAGGCUGGCUGCAGAGAAUGUGGAGCUGCGUUUUCAACUAGAGCAGGCUGACAAGGACUUGCCACGAUUAAAGGAUCAAAUAGUUAAUUUGCAGGAAAUGUAUCAACUUCUCAAAAAAGAGAGAGCAGAAUUGGAAAGAAAACUUGGAAACAUGAGAGGGGUAAGUGAGGUACUGUGCUUUCCACACAUGUUUACUAACUACAGUAUGUUAUGAAUAUUAUGAAAUUUGAAGUGCACGUCCAAAUAUUUUUAAAGGUUGUAAGGUUCCGGAUCCAUUACCUUCCUAAGCAGUGCAUUUCAGAUUCCAUCACCCGCUGAAAAGGUUUUUUUCCCAAAAACCUUCUGAAUCUCCUGUCCCUUACUCUAAAACUAUGCCCUCUUGUGAUUGACUCCUCAACCAAGGAAAACAGCUGCUCCCUCUUCACCCUGUCCAUGCCCCUCAUAAUCUUAUACACCUCAGUUUCCCU